AGGUUAAUGCCAAUCCAUAAUGGCCAGUGUUCUACAAGUUCAUGAGAAAGAACGAUCGCUGCCAUGGUUCCCGGCGAAGUUGAAAAUUCUUUGGAAUCAAAUUUUAAGUGAAAACCUCUCACCAAUUUGUGGAGCGAAUUCCGUGUUGAAGGGUCUUUUAUAUAGCUUCAAAAGAACAAUCUUGGUCGUUGAAUUUAUGUGGGCCAUGCUUGAGUGGUGAUAGCCACCAUCAGGUUCUGUGUUCUCACCAUUUUGACUAUAUAUUUAGAACUGUGAGAGAAAAAAAUGAAAUAAACUUGGUAAGAAGAAGAAGAAGAAAAAUGGCAAAUUUUGUUCUGCAGGUUCCAAAUACCAUAAGGAGUUUCGCCAUGUUUGCUUCGCCCAACCCCAACGGCGCUCCGCCUGGUGGCUCUGGAAGCAGUAGUGGUGGGGGUGGAGGUCCUGUGAUAUUGGAAAUUCCUAUAGAUAAGAUUAGAAGGCCUUUGAUGAGGACCAGAGCAAAUGAUCCAAACAAAGUAAAGGAAUUAAUGGAUAGUAUCAAGGAAAUUGGUCUCCAAGUUCCUAUUGAUGUCCUGGAGGUUGAUGGUGUCUAUUACGGUUUCUCUGGUUGUCAUCGCUAUGAGGCUCACCAGCGCCUUGGACUCCCCACCAUCCGUUGCAAAAUACGCCGUGGUACAAAAGAGACUCUAAGGCACCAUCUGCGCUAAGCUGUGAUCAUCUUAUUGUUCAAAGUUGGUAUAUGACGAUUAGCAAUGACAGGACACAACACAGAAAUGUUAUUUUUCUCAUAGCAUUGUGAUUCCUGCGGACAUUGCAAAUGAUAUAUGUGAUUUCUCUUACUCUGUAAUGCUGCAUCUGUUAUUGCUUCCUCAAGUUCUUUGUAGAAAGCACUAUUCUUCUGAUCACAUUUUGGUUUCGUCCACCUAGAAAAGGAUAAAGUUAGGAACAAUAAACAACAUCAAGCGUUAUUAUCU